AACUGACAACAAUCCUAAUCAUAAUUCAUAAAGACUCAUGUCUCAUGAAUUAAAAAAAGUAAUUUGUUGAUUACCUGGUGAUACACUAACAUUUUGAUUGUUAAAUUGUGUCUUAUAUUAUCGAAAUGAUGGCUGAGGAUACGACAGCCGAUGCAACCAGACGGUUAAACGUUAAAAAACAGACAUUAGAUGAUGCAUACGCUGCCCCCGCGAAUUUCUUAGAAAUCGACGUGGUGAACCCAGUUACAACUGUGGGAGAUGGUAAAAAACGUUAUACAGACUAUGAAGUACGCAUGAGGACAAAUCUUCCUGUGUUUAAAGUGAAAGAAUCGAGCGUGAGGCGGCGGUACAGUGAUUUUGAAUGGCUACGAAAUGAAUUGGAAAGAGACAGUAAGAUUGUUGUACCACCAUUGCCUGGAAAAGCCCUUAAAAGACAAUUACCUUUUCGGGGAGAUGAUGGAAUCUUUGAAGAAGAAUUUAUAGAAGAUCGAAGAAAAGGUUUAGAAGUAUUCAUUAACAAAAUAGCGGGCCAUCCACUAGCUCAAAACGAGCGUUGCCUACACAUGUUCCUCCAAGAUUCUACAAUUGACAAAAACUAUGUGCCUGGAAAAAUAAGAAGCACAUAACUCAACCUUAUUACAUUGUGUUGUAAAGUGAUUCUCCGUUAAAUUUGUUAUUUAUUGUAUACUUAGCCAAUUUGCUCAUAAUAUGUGUUAUUUAAAUAUCACCGAAACACUCAACUGUUUGUGCUAUCAUCAAAUAUUUUACAAAUGUCAAAACUCUAUAAAAGUUGCACUAGAAAGUAUCGAAACUUUACAUUUUAAUGGAUGUAGUUCCUGAAAAACAUUCAAAGCCACAAACAUCACACUUUAAGGAAUUCGUGUUUAAAGUUUAAUAAAUAUUAGUGUAUUCCGUACACGUGGGUUGGGCUACUAAGUCAUGAUGUCAUUUAAAAGAGUAGUAGUCAUUUAAAAAGUAGUAGACAGUAGGGCUGCCAUUUUUUGUCAGUCCGUUGAUAUGAAUCACGUGACCAGUUUUGUGUUCUAACUCAAAUUCGACAUGAUUGUGAUUUGGAACGUUUUUCUGGAAUUACGUGCAAAUGAAUUAAUUACUGCUAAAAAUGUAGCUAGGUAAUGUAAUGUUGCAACUGGUUUUGCAGUAGAUUAUAUUAAAAGUUGAUGUAGUCUAUAGUGGAUUGAUUUAGUGGAGAAGUACUUUACAAUUGACCGUCCCAAUACAAAUACAGUGAUAAUUGGACUUGGGUUUUAUAUCAAUAUUACAGUGAGAUACACUCAGUUCAUUCCACAUAUAUAUGUAAUCACUUCCAUAUCUGAGAUUGUGUUACAUCGGCAUUGAAAAUUUUACAACAGACAAAAACGGUGAAUGCUUUAAAGUAUAGUGGAAAAUUUUAUAGUAAUAAAUUUUGUCAUUUUUGUUUCUCAUAAGUAUUGAAAAUGAAAUUAAGGACUGUUUUUUAUUUUACAUUCUAAAUUAAAGAUUUUUGACAUCAUCCAUUUUGUUCACUUAAGAUCAGACCUAAAUUUUUGCUUGUAAUCAUAUUAUAGAAGCCCAUAUUGUUUGCUACGACCUAUUGGUUAAAUCAACUGAGUCGUUUGAGUUUCGGAGUUUCGAAAUUAUUCGUUUGAAUUACGUUUUGGAGCAAAUAAUGGGUGUCUGAGUAGAUUGGUCGGAUGUCAGGAAUGUAAGUUAGAACAAAGAUAUAAAAUAAGAUAGCUUUUUUUGAGUAAUAUACCUACUUGUUAGUAUUGUUUAAUCAUGUUUAGUUUUAUUUUGUCAUUUCUGAAUGCCAGCGUUUGGCUAAAUUUGGCUUGCUUACACUGUAAUAUCUCGUAAAAGCAUUCUUACGGCCGUUCCCAAUAUUCAUUCUAUCUCUUACUUGAGGCAAAAAUCGUAACUAUCAUCGACUUUUCUGUCCCAAUAAACUUAACGACGGUAACUCACCUUAUCCGUACACGCGUACGGGACGACGUAUAGCUUACCAGCGAUAGAAGUUUGUAUGGAAAUUGCAUUUCACGCGUCCCAAUAUAAGGAGUUAAGAAUGACAUAUUGGGACAGCUUCAGAUUGUUGACAGCUAAUUACUGACAGUAGAAGGUAGUAAUUUAUCUCUAUCUGUAGAUAGUAUAUUGGGAACGGCCGUUAGUAAUUUAAAAAUGAAUAUUGGAAAGAUUACAUGGGUAUUAGGUUUAUCCAUCUAAUUUAUUAUAUUUACUGAAACAAUUUUUUUUUCGGAUGCAGUUUUAGCCUACUCGUACAUACAGUAAUACUAACUGAUAAAAAAAUUGUCCUGUUAAUACUAAUAUACUGUUAUUAAUUAGUAUUUAGUUAAAACAAUAUUGUUAUGCAUGAAAACUGAAUUUAGCCAAAUAAAAGACUGUUGGGAUUUGAUAUUCGACGCGCAGCAAACAUAAUAUCGGACAUUGAACCUACUGCGAGCUAAUCCACAUGGAAAAGUUCCUUAAUAAGUGAGAAAGAAAUGUGAGUUUAUGUUGAUUAGAGAUUACAUAAAAAGAUUGAUAUUCACCUACAAAAUAAUACGAACAUAGUAAUAAAUAUUCGCUCCUGUGAGAACAUUGAAUAUAUAUCUACCAUAUAAAUAUUACCGCAAGGUGGCAGGGUCAACAACCGACAUUAUUUUGCUCCGCGACCGAUGUGUAAUUGUUUUAAGAUUUGUCAAUAUUAUUUAUAACUUCCAGAUUAUUUAGAGUUAAUUGUAUUAAUACUAUACGUUAUUGUUAAAAUUAUGAAGUAGAAGUUAUCGUCGACUUGCUAUUAUGAUCUUUUAUUUUUUUGUGUAAUCUAGUUUUAAAAUAAAUCAAUUUUUUUUUUUUUUUGAUCGUUUAUGCUACUAGUUAGCCUGUAGUUUAUUUAAAGACAUUGAUUUCUAGCGAAAUAUAAUCGAAGUAAUGUUCACAGAUAAAUUAUUUUAUUUAAACAAUCAAUAAUCGUAUAUUUAUCGAUUCUAUUACUUACGGCGCCAUAUUAUUUUAACCGUCAAAUACAUUGCAUUCAAAAGGGGCUAUUUUUGAAAUAGUAUGAUGCUGGAUGAUUCGGUCUAUGAAAUCUGUGUAUCUUUUUUUUAUUGUAUAUUUGCCAGUGUGCUAUUAUCAUGUAAAAUGUGAUUUUAAAGAAAUAUAUUAAUAUUAAAUAGGAAACAUCUCUACAAUCAAUAUUUGUACUGUAUUUUCAUUAUAAUCUAAGAUGAAUUGCUUUAUAUCUAUUAUAUUAGAGAAAUUGCACGAGCACUCAAGAUAUCGUAUUUAUUAAAAUAAUAUAUUUAUGAUCUAACACGAAUAAUAUAAAAUAAAAUCGUAAAAAAAAUACAUCUACUUAUAUCGAAUAAGUAAUUUCAUCUCAAAAAUAUUUUGUGAGAGAAGUUGUAAAAGGCUUUCGAUCGAUUAUUUUUGGACAAUUGUACUAAACAGAGCAAGAAACUAGGUAGUCUGCCAAAUAUUUGUCAUUUAGUUUAGUGUUUAGUAUUCAUUGUAGAUUACCAGUGCUAUUUUUAUAAUUUAAGAAUCUAUAAUAUGAAUUGAUUUAUUUUUUUGAAAGGCUUAAUUCAUAUUUUACGUUCAAAGAACAAGUAAAUUAAUUUAAUAUAAUUGUUUAGAAAGGCUGGCGAAGCUUAUCUGCGUAUUGUACGUAUAGACGGUAUCACCGCUGCAUAGACUGUCUACAAGCGACGUUGCCAACUCAUCUUCACAAGGGCGUGGCGCCGUUGCCGCACCGUCUGUAUUUACUUCAAUGUUGUGGAUACAUGCAAAGCCUUUAAGCGUUUAAUGAAAAAAUAUUAAAUUACUGUCGCCAGUUGACAGAACAGUCAUUCGGUCGUGGCGUGCGACGACUUGUGAACUUUGCGAUUUUUUGGAAUAUUUAUUGCUAGGAAAAUUCACAUGAGAAAUUAUUUCGAUUUUUUUUAUUACAUUCAAUGAGAAUGCAUUGAAAGUAGCAAUAAUUCCCAUGCAUAUUAUACAGUGAUAGCAGCGUAAUAACUCCAUCUAAACCAGUCCUUAGAUCGCUCGUUAUAGGGCAGUGUACUCGCUUAUUAGGCGAAACACUCUCCCGUUUGUCGCCAUUAAAGAAAUUAUCUCCACUAAACACAUUUAGGUUAUUAUUCUAUUUGCUUAAUAACUUAUUAAUAAUUAAAAAGUUAAAUUCUUUUAAAACAUAUAAAAAACAUGGUAACAUUAAAAUGUGUUCACAAAAAGGGAAUAUUUGGAGAUUUACCUACAUGUAUUAUGAAAUAUAAUCCCCAUUUAUCCACCCUUAGGGAUGGUAUUAUUCAAAAUCAGUUCACAAGUGGUGGAUAAAUGGUGUUACACGAAUACACAAGAGAAUUUAGUCGGUUGGAAAAAUCAUUCAUAGGUAAUGUCUCCAUUUAUUGUAUAAAAUUAUCAAAACAAAAUUUACUCCUCUCCUCAAAUUAUCAACGUGGCCACUUAUGUUUACAUGUUUUUUAAAACUAUUCACAGAAAGCCUCUGUUAAUAAGUAUUUUAUUUUUGUCAUAAACGUUAUGUAUUUGAAUAAUGUUACUAAAUCAUUUAUAUCUAUAUAUACAUAUAUAUAGGUAUAUUUGUGUAUUUCUGUUAUAUUGUAAUAUAAUAGAUCAUGUACAUCGUGUUAGGGUAAUGAAAUAAAUUUGCAAUGGUAUCAUAA